CAGGAUGGAGUGCAGGUUGUCUGUGUGGACUCUAGUUCUUUCUCUGCUUCUCUUGCUGGGAUGGGUGCAGGGGCAAACUAACCAGAGAACCAACUUUACAAGGCCUGUGUUCCACUGUGGGGGUAACCUGGAUGGAGAGUCUGGGCUUCUGGGAAGUGAGGGGUUCCCCAGCUUUUAUAAACCAAACAGCAAAUGCACCUGGUACAUCACGGUACCUGAGGGCAACGUUGUCAUGCUGUCCUUCCGGAUCUUUGACCUGGAGGCUGACCCACUCUGUCGCUAUGACUAUGUGGACGUGUAUAACGGGCACUCCUACAUGGUGCAGAAGCUGGGCCGGUUCUGCGGGACCUUCCGGCCCGGUGCCCUCAUGUCCACCAGCAACACCAUGAUGGUGGAGAUGGUGUCAGAUUCUAGCACAGGGGGGCGGGGUUUCCUGGCCAACUUCAAUGGGGGCAAGCCCCAUGUGGAUGAGCACCAGUUUUGUGGAGGAAGGUUAACAAAGUCACAAGGCUCACUGAAGACCCCCAACUGGCCAGACAAGGACUACCCAGCAGGCAUUACCUGCUCCUGGCACAUCACGGUUGAGCCAAACAUGGUAAUCGAGGUCAAGUUUGACAAGUUUGACCUGGAGCCCGACAGUUACUGCCGCUUUGACUACGUGGCGUUCUUCAAUGGCGGCGAGAAGGAUGACUCUCGGCGGAUCGGGAAGUACUGCGGGGACACCUCGCCUGAAGCCAUAGUGUCCAAUGGAAACGAGCUGUUGGUCCAGUUUGUGUCUGACCUCAGCGUGACCUUUGAUGGCUUCAUGGCAAGCUACACCAGCAUUCCCCGCGGGUCUAAGGAACCAACCAUGGGGGACAACACUGGCUCAGGCCCCCGUGUGGAAUCUGCACCCCCUAGACCAGACGUUAAGCCCCCCAGACCAGCUCAACCCACCCCCACCACCCCAAAACCAACCGUAGCUCCAAAACAGGAAGUCCAACCCACCCUGGCAGCCCCCGAGCCCCCCUCCCCACCCAGACUCAGACCGGCCAAGCCAGACAGAACUCUGACGCCAGGAGUAAGGAGGCCCGGGCAGAACAGAACCGUGGUGAAGAAACCCCUGCCUAACAGGAGGACCGCGCCCCAGAACCCAGUGUGCGCCCAGGCAUGUAGGAGGGGUGGGACCAUUCAGACCAGCUUCUGUGCCAGUGAAUUUGUGAUCACGGGAACAGUGACCAUGGUAACCCCAGGACUGAGAGGCAGUGUGAACGUGAACAUUUCGCUAAUCAAGGCCUACAAAGCUGGGCGACUAACAAUCACCCAGGCGGGCGAGGCCAUGUCCAUCAAGGUGGUGUCCACGUGCAAGAAAUGUCCCCUCCUGCGAAGAGGGUCAAACUACAUCCUGAUGGGCCAGGUGGAUGACGAGGGGCGUGGCGUUCUGGUUCCAAGCAGCUUCACCCUUCUGUACAAGGCAACACAACAGAAAUUGCUCAACAAUCUCACCACUCGCCCGUGCUGACCUCACAGCUCCAUCUACCAAUCACACAUCAGGAAACAAAGUCAUGCCUCCUUCCAUCCCGCCACAGCAACGGUGACCGCACAUAACAGGCAUGCAGAAGGAAUCGUUAUAAAAACAUUUCAGAAACAUCAAGUCAAAUGUGAUUUCUGUAAGAACAUGAAUCCCCUUUAAAGCCUUUGUAACAUUACAUGUCAAUUAUCUCACGACUGCCCAGCAAAAAAGGCCAAAAGUAUGCUACUUACCAGUCAGCCUUUGUUUCAGACUUUCAUUAAGCUGAAGCCAGAAUGAGACAUGUUCAAUAACAUUCAUCUUAACUUCACCAGUAUUUUGAGGCUUCACUGAAGACUGACUGGCAUCAAGAUGUCCAUGAACCAGACACAAAACCAUAGACAUUUCAGUUUAAGCUCCAUGUAUUGAAAUUAUAUUUUAAGUUUUUGUUUUAUAUACAAGCAGAUGUCACACCUUAUAUUUGAUUGUAAUUUAUGAUGAUGUCUAAUUAAA